AUGGAUAUUUAUCCCAACAGGCUCAUACCCAGUAACUACCAGCAGUUCCUUGCAUUGAUGUUUGCUGUCUCCAAGGUCAAUGAAGAUGUUCUUCUGCUUCCUAAUAUCACUCUUGGCUUCCACAUUUAUGGCCAUUACCAGAGGGAAAGGUUUAUUUCUUUGAACAGCCUCUCCAUCCUCUCCUCACGAGGCCAAGUGGUUCCAGGUUACAAAUGUGACCUGCAGGACACUCUGCUGUCCGUCAUUGGAGUUCAGCUGAUCCUGUAUUUCCAGUGGAACUGGGUUGGGCUUGUGACCUCUGAAGAUGACAUUGGAGAACAUUUCAUCUCAAAUUUCAUACCAAUGCUCCAGGAGAAGGAGAUCUGCCUGGCCUUCACUGAAAGUUUGAAAUUGGAUGAUAUUCAAAUUACAAUGAAGAAGUUUCUGCUCAAUUUCCUUGUCUGGUCUAAAACAGAAGUGUUCAUUCUGUUUGGAGGCUUCAGUGUUUCUACCAGUGUAGUUGCGGCAGUAACUAAUUAUGAAACAAUAAAAAAGGCAUCAUUUAGGAAAGUUUGGAUCUUAAGUUCCCAUUGGAAAGUUAGUGUGGAGGAAUCUCAGGAAGGAUUGAAAUACAUAAAGUUUUUCCAUGGGGUCUUGCAUUUUAGGGACCACUCCGGGGAUGUCUCUGAAUUCAGCCACUUCCUCCUGUCUUUAGACCCCUUGAACCCCCAAGGAGAUGUCUUUCUCCCUCCAUGGUGGGAAUUGGUCUUUGGCUGCAAGAUCCACAAACCAGGCAAAAUCCUUCCAAAGGGGGAAAAACAAUGUACAGGAAAGGAGAACGUGCAGAAUCUGCCCAAUUACACUUUUGAAAGGAGGAUGACAGGAGAAAGUUACAAUAUCUACAAUGCUGUUUAUGCUCUGGCACACGCUUUGCAUGCAAUGUAUGGAUCCAGACCAACCAUGAUGAGGCUUGGAAAGUGGAUCUCCGAUGUCCAGUCAUGGCAGAUUCUUGCCUAUUUGAGGAAUGUGCAGUUCAACAACAGUGCUGGAGAUGAAGUCUCCUUCUCAGAAGAUGAACUGGGAUCUGCUCGUUAUGAUCUUCUCAAUUGGGUUCUCUUCUCCAAUCGAUCUUUUGAACCCAUAAAAGUUGGGCAAGUAAAUCCUGAGGCUCCCCUAGGCCAAGAUUUCACCAUUAACUCUGAUGGAAUCAUCUGGGCCACAAAGAAGGUGCCCUUUGGCAGGUGUGGCAUGAAGAGGUGCCAUGCAGGAGAGAGGAGGAGUGUUCCAGAGGGCAAUCCGGUUUGUUGCUACCAAUGUGAUGCUUGUCCAGAAGGGACCAUGUCUAAUCAGACAGAUGCAGCUCACUGUGAACCCUGCCCAGAAGACCAAUAUCCCAACAAGGACAAGGACCAAUGCAUUGCCAAGAAGAUCCACUUCCUUGCCUAUCAGGACUCCCUGGGAUACAUUUUAGUUUUUCUUGCUCUUUUCCUCUCUGUGAUCACUUCUGCAGUCCUGGUGAUUUUCUAUAAGCAUCAUGACACACCGGUUGUCAAGGCCAACAACAGAGAACUCACCUACAUCCUGCUGGUCUCCCUCCUGCUCUGCUUCCUCUGCUCCUUCCUUUUCAUUGGUCAACCAGGGAAGCUCACCUGUCUCUUCCAACAAUCUGCCUUUGCCAUUCUCUUUUCCCUGGCAGUUUCCUCUGUGUUGGCAAAAACUGUCAUGGUGGUUCUGGCCUUCAUGGCCACCAAGCCUGGAAACAGGUCAAGGAAACUCUUAGGGAAACCACUGACCAACUCCAUUGUCUUAGCCUGUCCUCUGGUCCAAACAAUACUUUGUGCCACCUGGCUGACAACUUCUCCCCCAUUUCUUAACUUGGACUUCCACUCCUUGUUUGGAGAGAUCAUCUUGGAAUGUAAGGAAGGCUCAGCUUUAAUGUUUUACACUGUGCUUGCCUACCUAGCUUUUUUGGCCCUCAUCAGUUUCACUGUGGCAUUUCUAGCUAGGAAAUUGCCUGAUAGUUUUAAUGAAGCCAAGUUCAUUACUUUUAGCAUGCUGGUCUUUUGCAGUGUUUGGAUCUCCUUCCUCCCCACCUACCUGAGCACCAAAGGGAAGUCCAUGGUGGCUGUGGAGAUCUUCUCCAUUUUGGCCUCUGGAGCUGCUCUCUUGGCUUGUAUCUUUUUCCCCAAAUGCUACAUUAUUCUGCUGAGGCCGGAUCUGAAUUGUAGAGAAAAUAUAGUAAGGAACAAGAAUUUCUAACUAAUGCAAGGAUCGGCCCCAUUUAUAUUUGUC